GGAGUCGCUUGGUGCUAAAGUAAAUCGGUGGUGCUCAAGUUUAUGGCCGUGACUCACUCCGUACGAUUAAAGAUAUUCGUAGUUUAGCGUGGUUAGAUCGAGAGAACGUCGUGCUUCCUGGUGGCCUUCACCUCGUACGGGAAAAGCGGACCGGACACCAAAGUUUGACCAGGAAAUCAACAACAUCAACGAUGGACGUGAUCGAGAUUGUUGGCAUGGUUUUGGGCAUCAUUUUGUUCUGCUCGCUGAUUAAAUGGUGCUGCAGUCGACGCUCCAACCAGGGCAUGGUGAUAGCCACGCCCGUCGUGAUAACGUCCGAGACACACCGUGUUGCUAACGCUGGACAGACGCAAUUGGCUCAAGGAGCGGUCAUUCAGGGGCAUCCAUCGGGAACGGCUGCUUAUCCGGUUGUUCAAUUAGCGUAUCCCACGAACCAGUCUUAUCCUGCUCAACCCUAUCCCGUUGCUCAGCAGUUCCCGGUGCAGUCCGGUUCCGGCGCGGCUCCCCCACAGAACACGGUUCAGAUCCCUGCACUACCAUCUCAGGCUCAGAUUAUGCCAGGCGGGUUUCCGGGAGUCACGGGACCAGCGAUGCCCGGAGGUGCACCGAUGGUAAACCCUCCUAGCUACGACCAGGUGAUGACGGAGGCGUACGCUCCCCAAGCACCGUACAAUCCCGACUACAAGGGUUAACACCACAUCCAGUGUGCCGGUACUUAUCGAUUCGCCGCAUUGUGAUCCCGAUCGAACAAACUGAACUUCCGACGAAACCAACAAACUAUCUCGUUGUGAACACGCCACAAAGACGCGUGUCGCAUGAUUAUGAACCCCUACUUAUUGGUUGGGGUUCGGUAGGAUAUAAGGCCUAGAAAAAAGGAGUGGCGCGGAGCGUAAUGCCAUUGAGUAGAAUACUCGCAUUUAUGUUACACCUCAAUAUGCAUGUACUCAUCUGCAAAGUGGUAAGAGAUAAUGUAAAUAAAUUAAGUGAAAUGUAAGAUCCAGGCAACGCUUCCUGGACCAUCAUACCUAAACAGAUACGAUCUUCCCCACCUCUUAUGCAACCUGUUGCCAUGGAAAUCGGCGCCAAUCCGGUCAGGGGAGGGCUUGGUGCAAAACCUUCAAUUUCGCCUCACCUGUUUCGCCACUAGUAAGCCGUGCUUGAAGCAGAAGGAUCUCUUGCAACAAAGUCAGUUAGGCGGUGUUAAAAAAGAACAAAGAACCAUGGAUGUCAGCGACGAAACCGGAGUUGAAAUCGUUUUUGCGCAACUGUCCUACCAACAGCUGUUCAACUAUAGGUUCGAGCUCAAACUGUGGCUCAUAGUGCAAGAUACCAACGCUCCUUUUCUAAGCUGGAAUUGUGACGAAACAGCCAUCAUCCUGGAUCCAGUCGGGUUGUCAAAAUAUCUUCAAACGCCCUAUAACAAGCUGUUCUUCUGUCGCAGUGUAGCCGAUUUUUGUUGGCUCCUAGAGAUCGUUGGAUUUUCCGAGUGCUCCGAUGGCGGUGAAACAGAAGGCUGCAAAUCCUACCACCAUCAUCUGUUCCGUGGAGAUAAUAUGCUGACAUUCGAAAAAUGGUUAAUUGAAGGCACCCAUCGUAAUGGCGUUGACCCGGACGUCAAGGGUAGCUGCAGUUUACCUUUAAUCCCAGGAUACCACGUGAAAGACAACGGUUACUUUGAUGAGGAGAAAGCCAAAAUAGCCACCGAACUAUUCCAACUGAAUCUUUUGAUACAGCAAAAGAAAAUCAAACGUGAGAUCGAUGGAAGCCUAUCGUUUGGUAAAGCGUCUCGGUACAAGGAUGAACCAGUAAUGGAACCACCAGAGUAUCUGAAGACGGAAACCAUCGCCGGCAACUACGGCUUGGUAUCUGUGGAUGCCCUACGACGAUGUUUGGGAGCGAUGAUGCCCUUAUUCGAAAAUAGGUGCUACGAGGAUGCACCGGAGAGAACAAUUCAAUUUUGCGCGAGUGUGUUUGAGAAUGGUGGUAAUGGAGCUGAAGUUACUCUACAAGUACCAAUGGUAACGGACUCGCAUGGUCCAAUCGAGAUAGAGAACGUGAUGCUGCCCUUGGACAUUCCGUCCCAGGAACAAGAACUAGCUGAAACCGAAAUCGUGGAUACCGAAGAAUCGGCUGCAGCCGCUGCAAAUUAUUUGAAUUUCUCCGUAAAAAAGGAAGGAAGCCUUUGCCUGGAUCAGUUCAGUCCUUUCGUCUUGACUGCGAGUGUAGCGACUAAAAUGAAACCAAUUGAUUGAUUAAACGAUGAAUAAUUAUUUUUUCCCAGUCUUCGUUAGUAUGUAAGAUUGUAAUAAAUGUAAUAAAAAAUUGAUUCAUCGUGCAGGAUCUUUACCAAAAGAAAAAAACCAAAACACUAUUUCCUGAAUAAAUUAA